CAGAACGCCAUCGUCACGUUUCGCAUUUGCAUCGUUUUGGAGCAAAAUAAAGGGAAAAAACUCGCGUUUAAUCGCGUUGUUAGUCACAAAUAAACGCUUUCAAAGUGUUGCUGAGCCCCGAAAGGCUGUCAUAUGAUGCAUGAUUUUUAUCCGCCAAGAGACCAUCUAAGAGACUACGAAUACGACUCGGCGGAAGAAGAAAUUGGUUUUGACGCGGAUCAGAUUGACGUGAACUUGCUGGAAGCUGUUUACACGGAAGAAAUUUUGCCGAUUCACGACGACGACGACAUGGAGGACGAUAACAUGAGCACCACCGAUUCCGAGAACUCGGAAGAUUUCGAUGACUCGUCGACGGAAGAGGAAGCCGAAGCAAAUGUCGCGCAAGAAGGCAGUUCCAAUAACGACGCCGAGGGAGCCACACAUCGCGUCAUUGACGAUUACGACGAAAACGAGGAAGAAGACGACGUUCUGCGAGCAAUUAUUCAGGAAUUGAAGAAGGCACGUUCGAAACCGCCAGAUAUCAAGACGGAAGAUUUCGUUGUUGACCUCAGUUUUCACACAGAAGCCGAUAUUUUGGCAGUGGCGACCGUCACUGGCGAUAUUUUGAUGUACAAAUACAGCAACGAGGAAAAUACGCUCGUCAACACAUUCGAAGUGCACACAAAAGCAUGUCGCAACGUCGAAUUCACACGAGAUGGAAGUGCUUUGAUCAGUUCGUCGCGCGACAAAAGUCUCAUGCUCACAGAUGCCGAAACGGGAAAACUAAAAAGAUUCUGGGACGAAGCGACAAAUGAGCCAGUUUACAGUCUCGCGGUGUUAGAUGAGAAUUUAUUCGCAACCGGAGAUGAUGAAGGCACCGUCAAACUCUGGGACAUGCGACAAAAAGACACAAAUCCCAUUUUUUCGCUGAAAGAAGUCGACGAUUACAUCUCCGCCCUCAUUUCGAACGAUUCGAAGAAAUAUUUGCUCGCAACAAGUGGCGACGGAACUCUCACCACCCUCAGUAUCCCCGGCAAAAAGCUUUACGUUCAAUCAGAGCCGUACGAAGAGGAACUCACGUGCUUGGGUAUCUUCCGUAACGACAGCAAAGUCAUCACGGGCACGUCCAAAGGCAACUUUUACACAUUCAAUUGGAACCAAUUUGGGUAUCAUUGUGAUGCUUUUUCGGGUCCCGCAUCGCCAAUCAGCAAAAUGAUACCAAUUACCGAGAGAAUUGCCAUCACAGCGGGCGAGGAAGGCAUUUUGAGGGCAAUGCACAUGGUGCCGGGACGCGUUCUCGGUGUCGUCGGGCAACACAGUCUCGCCGUCGAGGCGAUGGAUAUCAAUGCGACGGGCGAAAUAAUUGCCUCGAGUUCGCACGAUAACGACAUUCGCUUCUGGAACAUUAAAUUUUUCGAGGAUUUUGACAAUAUCAAGUACAACGAGAAACCAAACACACGCAAAGCACUCCGACACAACCUGCCUUCGUCUAAUUUUUCGAAUCGCGCCGACUUUUUCGCGGAUUUGGCUUAAAAAGUCACGUUUUUUUUCUAUAUUGUUAACAUUGAAUUUGAAAUGUAAAAGAAGUUACGUUAAAUAAAGAACAAAUCACA